UAGAAUUCGUAGACCGUCAUGUAUCUGCCAUGUACUUCGAGAUGCCAAGACCUGGAACCUUUCUACCGCCGUAUGUCAUCAUCAACUUUCAUGAGACCAACAACAUCGCAGCAGUGUGUCUCAUCUUCAACUGAAGCUAUUUGCUAACUCAAAUUAAAGACUUGAAUCACCCUGCUAGCAAACUCUAACCAUUGGUGGAGUUUAUCGGGAGUCCAUUGGCAAUCUCAUGAUGCAACUUGCCGAAGUACUCUCCGACCUCACAUCCCUUAGGGCCUGUGGCCAUCAUGAGGCUCUCGUUCUCGUCAAUGUCCACAAAGCAACAGUCGCCAAGACCUCCACGGAAGAAGAUGACACCAAACGAGAUGCAGAGCAACAUACCGAUCUCUCAAGAGCAAAAGAGCUUAUGGAGCUUCAUUAUGGAGUGAAGGUUAAGCAUAUGGGUAAUGCGCCGAAUUAUGAGCCUGUUAUUGACGAAGGUCUCAGACGCGCAAGGGAGGACGUCAAUCGGGUAUUGAGGGAGCUAGAUGUUUGAUGUAGUAUCACAUUUACGAUGUUUUUUCUUUCCAGAAAACAUUCUUAAGCAUAUCCUGGAAUCGUUAAUAUAAUUUGUCUCUGAAAAAUAGUAAAUAUCAAAAGAUGUAAA